CGCGGUUUCCCAUAAAGGAGGGGACUCUUAAGGGCGCACACAGGAAAGGCCGGGCGGUGAGCGGGACCGGCUCGGCCCAUCAGAUCAGGACAAGAUGACUGUGUUCUUUAAGACACUAAGAAAUCACUGGAAGAAAACUACAGCCGGGGUCUGCCUGCUGACGUGGGGAAGCCAUUGGCUCUAUGGGAAGCACUGCGAUAACCUCCUAAGGAGAGCAGCCUGCCAGGAAGCUCAGGUGUUUGGCAAUCAGCUCAUUCCUCCCAAUGCCCAAGUGAAGAAGGCAACCGUCUUCCUCAACCCUGCGGCUUGCAAAGGCAAAGCCCGGACUCUCUUUGAAAAAAAUGCAGCCCCGAUCCUGCACUUGUCUGGCAUGGACGUGACUGUGGUGAAGACGGAUUAUGAGGGCCAAGCCAAGAAGCUCCUGGAGCUGAUGGAAAGCACCGACCUGAUCAUCGUGGCUGGGGGAGACGGGACCCUGCAGGAGGUUAUUACUGGAGUUCUUCGAAGAGCAGAUGAGGCUACCUUCAGUAAGAUUCCCAUUGGAUUUAUCCCACUGGGCCAGACCAGUACUUUGAGUCAUACCCUCUUUGCGGAAAGUGGAAACAAAGUCCAACACAUUACAGAUGCCACACUUGCCAUUGUGAAAGGAGAAACAGUUCCACUUGAUGUCUUGCAGAUCAAGGGAGAAAAGGAACAACCUGUGUUUGCACUGACUGGCCUGCGGUGGGGAUCCUUCAGAGAUGCUGGCGUCAGAGUUAGCAAGUACUGGUAUCUUGGACCUUUAAAAACUAAAGCAGCUCACUUUUUCAGUACUCUUAAGGACUGGCCGCAGACGCACCAGGCCUCCAUUUCGUACACGGGGCCUAUGGAGAGACCCCCCAGCGGAGCAGCGGAGACCCCCCCGAGGCCCUCCCUGUACAGGAGGAUCCUGCGCAGGCUUGCGUCCUACUGGGCCCAGCCCCAGGAUGCCCUCUCCCAGAAGGUGAGGCCGGAGGACUGGAAGGAAGUGGAGCUGUCCACCAUCGAACUGUCCAUCACCACGCGGAACAGUCAGCUUGACCUAACGAGCAAGGAAGACUUCAUGAACAUCUGCAUCGAACCAGACACUGUCAGCAAAGGAGACUUUAUAAUGAUAGGAAGUAAGAAGGUGAGAGACCCCGAGCUGCACGCCGCAGGCGCAGAGUGUCUCCACGCCAGCCAGUGCACACUGCUGCUUCCUGAGGGCACCGAGGGCUCCUUCAGCAUCGACAGCGAGGAGUACGAAGCGAUGGCCGUGGAGGUGAGGCUGCUCCCGCGGAAGCUGCAGUUCUUCUGUGACCCGAGGAAGAGAGCACAGCUGCUGCAGCCUCCAGCCCCGUGAGCGGCCCCGCCUGCACUUUAUCUGCUCCCGCGGGACACGGGGACCGAGGCUGCCUCCCCCGGGGCAGCACCCCACAGCCCUUGUCCCUGCCUGCUUGGGUCUCCGCCAGCCUAGGCCGCGCAGGGAGGGCCUGCCACCUCGGGAGCUCUUUCCUGCCUUUCUGUCCUCCCUUCGAACCGUCAGUGCGACGCUGUCCCGUCAGCUGUGGCGGAAGUGCUGUAUGGAGAUCUGUGCUUCCUCACGGCGGUGCGUGUUCAGCCGAAGCACCUGGGGUCCAACCAGGGUUGGAGCUCGGCAAGCUGCAUCCGAACAAGGAAGCACCGUCUCUCCCCGAGUCUCCACCCUCUCUGGACAGACAGCACCCGCAGUCCAUACAGGGCCCGGGGACAGUGGGAAAGUGCUUUGAAGACUCAAGUGCCCCGCCCCCACCCCGUGUGAGCUGCAUCUAACAUUUUCAGUGGGAAGGAAGAGUUGCCGAAGUACGUACUUUCUGGUGUCGUGUAAAUAUUGGUGUUUUAAAAUAAAACUGUUACAUCGUUCCUUU